AUGAAGAUUAAGAGGAGUUCCUAUGUGAAAGGCUCCCUUUCUAGCUUUGUCUCUCUUCCAUGUCACUAUUCAAUGCUGGCCACACCUUCACCAUCCAACCAUUCUUUCCAGGAGUUUCCUCGGAUUAAGUGGACAAAAAUAGAGGAAGGAAAAGAUGGAAGGAUCAAGAAAGAAACCUUAAUUCUGGUGGCGCAGAAUGGUGUGAUAAAAAUUGCUGCUGACUAUGAUGGUCGAGUUGCAGUGCCCAAGCAUCCGGAGAGUCUGAGUGAUGCAACACUAACCAUUUGCCGACUGCGAGCAAGUGAUACUGGUCUUUACCGCUGUGAGGUAAUGAUUGGCAUCGAAGAUGAGCAAGACACUGUCUCAUUAGAUGUUACUGGUGUAAUAUUCCACUAUCGGGCAGCAGCAAGCAGAUAUGCACUGAACUUCGAGAUGGCCAAACAAGUAUGUCAGGAUAACAGUGCCACCAUUGCAACCCCAGAACAGCUUCAAUCCUCGUAUGAAGAUGGGUUUGAUCACUGUGAUGCUGGCUGGCUUUCUGAUCGAAGUGUCAGAUACCCAAUCACCAAACCAAGACCUGGCUGCUAUGCAGAUAAAAGGGGACAACCAGGUGUCAGGACUUAUGGAAUACGAGAUCCCAAUGAGACAUAUGAUGUUUACUGUUAUGUGGGAGACAUACAUGGGUUUGUCUUCCAUGCGUCAGCACCUGGAAAGUUGACCUUUCUUCAAGCACAGCUGGAGUGCAAGCGUAGGAAUGCACAGUUAGCAACCACCGGACAGUUACAUGCUGCAUGGAAGCAAGGUCUGGAUCGCUGUGACUACGGCUGGCUGGCAGAUGGUAGCGUACGUUACCCAGUUGUCCAUGCCAGGAGUCAGUGUGGAGGGGGUCUUGUCGGAGUGAGGACCAAGUAUCGAUUCAACAAUAGGACUGGAUUUCCAGACGCAAACUCAAAGUUUGAUGCCUAUUGUUUUCGAGGGGUUAACCCAUGUGAAGAAUUCCCCUGCCAAAAUGGAGGCAGUUGUUACCCACGAGAAACAAGUUACAUUUGUACCUGUUUGCCAGGAUUCACUGGGGAGCACUGUGAACUAGAUAUAGAUGAAUGUCAAUCCAAUCCUUGCCGUAAUGGAGCCACAUGUAUUGACGGUGCCAACUGCUUCAGUUGUAUCUGCUUACCAAGCUAUGGUGGUGCUUUGUGUGAACAAGAUACGCAGGUGUGUGAUUUUGGCUGGCACAAAUUCCAAGGACACUGCUACAAGUACUUCGGUCACCGGCGAGCUUGGGAAGAUGCAGAGAAGGAAUGUCGCCUGCAGGGUGCUCACUUGGCUAGCAUCCUCACACAUGAAGAGCAACUUUUUGUGAACCGUAUUGGCCAGGACUACCAAUGGAUUGGCCUAAAUGACAAAAUGUUUGAACAUGAUUUCCGUUGGACUGAUGGAAGCCCUCUGCAAUACGAAAAUUGGCGCCCACACCAGCCUGACAGUUUCUUUUCUACUGGAGAAGACUGUGUUGUUAUGAUCUGGCAUGAAGGUGGCCAGUGGAAUGAUGUUCCAUGUAACUACCACCUAACUUACACUUGUAAAAAAGGCACAGUUGCCUGUGGUCAACCGCCUGUUGUGAAGAAUGCCAGGAUGUUUGGGAAGUUGAAACCUCGAUAUGAAAUAAAUUCUAUGAUCAGGUACCACUGCAGUGCAGGCUUUAUCCAACGCCACUUUCCAGUCAUUAAGUGUCGAACCAAUGGAUACUGGGAUAAACCAAAAGUCGCCUGCAUAACACCUUCAACGUAUCAGCGAAACUCCCGAAGGUAUUUUCAUGGAUUGUACCGAAAAGGAAUGAAAACUUCGCAAGAACCGAUCCGACACCAUCAUCGCUGGAUCAGGAAAUUCCAUUCAGGGCACUGACUGCACCACUGAAUGCUACAAGACCCCUGUGUAUUGUAUUUCUAAGGAUGCAAGGUGGGAUCAAGCCCAGAGACUGCAUUGUGAAGCUGCUCUUUAACUCACCUGGAUACAAGCAAUCAGAAUAGCAAGUGCAAAAGGACGCUACAUGACCUUACCAAAAGCCAGUUGGUUCUUUCUGAGGUCACAAGUGCUAAUAUAUUAACUUUCUCAGAUAUGGCAGCUUUUUGCAGCCCUCACUAACCAUACUACAAUAUGGAGCUGCCUUUUUCUAAGGGUGAAUAUAAACCUACUUUUUUUGUAAAAAAAAACAAAAAAAUAAAUUAAUUUUUGUAUAUAUAA